GCCGCCGCCGCCCGUCCCCGCCUCCCCCUACCCGCCGCCCCGGCCCUUUCCCCCGCCGGGGCCCCUCGGCCCGACCAUGGCCACCAGGAAGGCGGGCUCGCGGCUGGAGACGGAGAUCGAGCGGUGCCGCUCCGAGUGCCAGUGGGAGCGGAUUCCCGAGCUCGUCAAGCAGCUCUCGGCCAAGCUCAUCGCGAACGAUGACAUGGCAGAGCUUCUUCUUGGGGAGUCCAAACUAGAACAAUUUUUGAAGGAAAAUACUCUUAAACACAGUAACAGUCCCCGGGGCCCCCAGCCAAAGCUGACCGAGGUCAGGAAACAUCUCACGGCAGCACUUGAUAGGGGUAAUCUCAAGCCAGAAUUCCUACAAGAAGCUAACCUAAUAAUGGCCAAAUUAAAUUAUGUGGAAGGUGAUUACAAAGAAGCUCUGAACACAUAUGCUAGAGUUGGAGUUGAUGACUUGCAGCUGACUGCAGUGCCACCGUAUCGGCUACGGAUGAUUGCUGAAGCAUAUUCUACAAAGGGUCUCUGUCUCGAGAAACUGCCAAUAUCUUCCUCAGCGAGCAAUCUCCACGUGGACCGAGAACAAGAAAUUGUCACAUGCUAUGAGAAGGCUGGGGAUAUUGCUCUCCUGUACCUUCAGGAGAUAGAAAGGGUGAUAAAUGCCAACAUACAAAACAGAAGCCCUAAGCCAGGGCCCACUGCACAUGAACAAGAGCUUGGUUUCUUCCUGGAAACAGGACUUCAGAGAGCACAUGUUCUAUAUUUCAAGAAUGGGAACUUGACAAGAGGAGUUGGUAGAUUUAGAGAGUUACUAAGAGCUGUGGAAACAAGAACUACACAAAACCUGCGAAUGACAAUAGCAAGACAACUUGCAGAAAUUUUGCUACGAGGUAUGUGUGAACAGAGUUACUGGAAUCCACUGGAAGAUCCUCCUCACCAAUCACCCCUUGAUGAUCCACUGCGAAAAGGUUCAAAUAUGAAGAAUUAUGCGCUCAGUAGGAGACCACGGGUAUACACUGGAGAGAACAUCUUCUGUCCUCAAGAAAAUACAGAAGAAGCCUUACUGUUGCUGCUUAUUAGUGAAUCUAUGGCUAACCGGGAUGCUGUACUGAGCAGAAUACCAGAACACAAGAAUGAUCGCAUCAUCAGUUUGCAAAGUGCAUCUGUAGUCUAUGAUUUACUUACUAUAGCCUUGGGAAGAAGAGGCCAGUAUGAAAUGCUUUCAGAGUGUUUAGAAAGAGCCAUGAAGUUUGCAUUUGAAGAGUUCCAUCUCUGGUAUCAGUUUGCAUUGUCCUUGAUGGCAGCAGGAAAAUCUGCUCGAGCUGUUAAAGUCUUGAAGGAAUGUAUACGUUUGAAACCAGAUGAUGCAACGAUUCCACUCCUUGCUGCAAAGCUCUGCAUGGGAUCUCUGCACUGGUUGGAAGAAGCUGAAAGGUUUGCCAAAGCAGUUGUUGAUCUCGGGGACAAAACAUCAGAGUUCAAAGCAAAAGGCUACUUGGCACUGGGAUUGACUUACAGUCUGCAGGCUACUGAUGCAUCUUUGCGAGGGAUGCAAGAGGUCUUGCAGAGAAAGGCUCUUCUUGCAUUUCAGAGGGCUCACAGUUUGUCUCCAACAGAUCAUUUGGCAGCAUUUUACUUGGCACUGCAGCUUGCCAUUUCCAGACAGAUACCAGAAGCUUUGGGUUAUGUUCGUCAGGCUCUGCAGCUACAAGGAGAUGAUGCCAACUCUCUUCAUCUUCUUGCACUCUUGCUAUCAGCCCAGAAACACUAUCAUGAUGCUUUGAAUAUCAUUGAUAUGGCCUUGAGUGAAUAUCCAGAAAAUUUUAUAUUGCUGUUUACAAAAGUCAAAUUGGAGUCCCUGUGCAGAGGCCCAGAUGAAGCACUCCUUACUUGUAAACACAUGCUCCAGAUUUGGAAAUCCUGCUACAAUCUAACUAACCCAAGUGAUUCUGGACGUGGGAGCAGCUUGUUAGACAGAGCUAUUGCUGAUAGACGACAGCUCAAUACAAUUACAUUACCAGAUUUCAGUGAUCCUGAAACAGGUUCAGUCCAUGCCACAUCAAUAGCAGCUUCCAGAGUGGAGCAAGCAUUGUCUGAGGUUGCUUCUUCCCUGCAAAGCAGUGCCCCUAAACAAGGUCCCCUGCAUCCUUGGAUGACUCUGGCUCAAAUAUGGCUACAUGCAGCUGAAGUCUACAUAGGAAUUGGGAAGCCUGCUGAGGCUACAGCAUGUACCCAGGAAGCAGCUAAUCUCUUUCCAAUGUCACAUUAUGUUCUCUACAUGAGGGGUCAGGUGGCUGAACUUCGUGGAAAUAUUGAUGAAGCCAAACGCUGGUAUGAAGAGGCCUUAUCCAUUAGUCCUACCCAUGUGAAAAGCAUGCAGAGGCUGGCUCUGAUACUUCACCAGCUUGGGCGCUAUAGCUUGGCAGAGAAGAUUCUCAGAGAUGCUGUCCAGGUGAACUCCACAGCCCACGAGGUCUGGAACAGCCUGGGAGAGGUGCUGCAGGCUCAAGGCAAUGACGAUGCCGCCACCGAAUGCUUCCUGACGGCGCUGGAGCUCGAGGCCAGCAGUCCCGUGGUCCCUUUCACCAUCAUCCCCAGAGUCCUGUGAGAGGCCAUCUCCACCAACUGAUUUUUGGUCUUGACUUCUGGGUGAGCAAACCCACUGUGUGAGACUGCCUGGUAACUGGCUAGUUUGAGGAACUUCAGAGCUACAGGUGACAAACUCCACUCUUUUGUGGGAAAGUGGCCAAAGCAGGGAGGUGCCACCAUAUGUUGAUGUCAGACUGAGAGGACAGAGUGGUGAGCCAGAGCCAAAUCACUCAUAUUGCCUGCAGUUUUGCCCUGGUAGUUUUAAAACAUCGUUAUAUUGUUCAUGGAUGAUGUGCCAUAUUUUGUUAGUGAAACUUGAGUGUUACAUAAAAUUAUAAUGGAAUCAACUACCAAUUGUAGGAUAAGUUAAGAUUCAGUGGCAGAGCAGACUAUUUUUAACAAGGCUGUUAAUAAAACUGUUCUCUUCCUGCCUCUCAACCUCUUUUGGCCCAAAGUCAAAAUGUGAAUUUUCUGUUUCCAUCUCUAUUUUAGUCCAGGCCAGAAAAUCAGUUGAGUUCUUGUUUUUAGUUGUUAAUAACUGUGAUGUGUGGCUAACUGUUAUCUAGAGCAAAGGCUGAGUACAAGAAUAUUUAUAUUUUACCAAUGUAUGCCUGUUACAAAAAAAAUAUAUUAGUUAUUUAAGUUUAACUUUUUUAUGUGAAUUCAGAGUUUAUUUAUCAAUGGAAAUAUGUAAAAAGAAGCCUCAAAUGGAAUAUUUACCGACAUUCCUUAUACAUGAACCCAGACUUGGCUUAAUGGGAAGAUUAUGUUAAUAAUAAAAUGAUUUUUAAAUGGAA